AUGUCUCAAUACGGAUUCCACACUACUGGUCUUGAGAUCGUCAACGACUUUUCAGGAAAUGUCAAAGGACGUACCUUUCUAAUCACAGGUCCAAGUGAAGGCGGAAUUGGAGCACAAACAGCAAUCUCCCUCGCCCAUGGAGCACCAUCAAUGAUCCUCCUCCUCGGCCGCUCCCUCACCAAAAUCCAACCCACAAUCGACGAAAUUCACACCAUAAACCCCUCCAUCACCACCAAAUUCAUCCCCAUCGAACUCUCCUCCCUCAAAAAAGUCCGCACCGCCGCCCAAUCCAUCCUCUCCGACACCAGCAUCCCCAAAAUCGACGUCGUGAUCAACAAUGCCGCCAUCAUGAUCUCUCCCUACGAACUCAGCAUCGAUGGCUACGAGCUCCAGCUCGCCACAAACCACCUCUCCCACUUCCUCCUCACAAACCUCAUCAUGCCCAAGAUCCUCGCCGCAGGACCAGGAGCAACAAUCGUCAACGUCGGCUCUCUGGCCCACGUCCUCGGCGACAUCAACUGGGAAUCCACUGAUUUCAACAAAGGCCGCACCUACGACGCCUGGUCCGCUUACGCGCAGGCCAAAACCGCAAAUGCCUUGUUCACCGUGGCUUUACGCUCGAAACUUGUCAAAAGAGGCGUGCAGAGCUGGACAUUGAAUCCAGGGGGCAUCAAGACGAAUUUACAGAAAUUCAUGACGCCGGAGCUUUUAGCGGAGGGGGUGGAAAGGUAUUCGGGGCCUGGGAGUGAGAGACCGCCGUUGAAGAGUGUGGCGGAGGGGUGCGCGACUACUUUGAGAGCUGCGCUGGAUGCGUCGUUAGUGGAGAGGAAUGGGAGUUGUUAUUUGUCUGAUUGUCAGGUUAUUGAGGUGGGGCAGAAUCUUAAGGGGUAUGCGAUGGAUAGGCAGGCUGCGGAGAGGUUGUGGAGGAUGAGUGAGGAGAUGGUGGGGGAGAGGUUUGAGUAUUAG